CAAACGCACUCUCGCCCAUUUUUUCGAAUAAAACAACAACCAUGAAGUCUUUCGCUGUUUCCACCUUUGCAGUCCUGGCCCUCGCUCUGACCACCUUUGCCGCACCCAUUGCAGCACCCCCUUCAUCCGACAGUUUCUUCGGCGGCGGCUGGCUUGGUAGUGGAAAGCGUGACACCGUCGAGCGUGCACCACCAAACCCAGACUGCAGCUUCUUCGGUCCUUGUUGGACUGGUGGUGGGAAGCGUGAGGCCGCCCCGGAGCCCAUUCCCGAGCCAGAGCCAGAGCCCAUUCCCGAGCCAGAAGCCGCACCACCCAAGCCUGACUGCAGCUUCUUUGGCCCGUGCUGGACUGGUGGUGGGAAGGUCUGAGGCAUUCAAUUCUGUUCUACGCUGUGACAAUGGCAACAAUGGCAACGGAAGGAGGGGCGGAGAAAACGGUUGGAGGUUGUUCAGGUUUUUUGACAUUGUUUCGAUCUUUCGACGCGACUCCUAUCCCUCUUAAUUCCUCUCUCAUCAUGUCGUGUUUUCUUGCCUUCGUUCUUGUGUUUUCGCCCGAGUCUGGUCAACGCCUACUGUCUUUUCUUGCUAUUAUGGUACU